GUGAGCUACGUGUUCGUCUGGCUGAGUGUCUCCUCCUACAUGGGGAGCAUAGAGAGGCCCUCUCCAUCUGCAGCCAGUUAGCUGCUGCUCUAGGCCACCAGAGCUAUCAGAACACAGUGCAGGUGCUAUGUGGCUUUGCGCGGCUGCUUUCUGACGACCACAAGGGGGCAAUGAAAGAUUUUCAGGCUGUGAUAGAGCACAGUGCUCCCCACCCAUCCAGCUGUGUGCGUGCUCUCUGUGGCAGGGGGCUCCUCCGCAUGAUGGACGGUUUAAACUACCUCAUGGCUCUGGACUAUGUGACCGCCAGCGGGCUUCACGCUCAGGAAACAGCACUGACGGUACGAUGCCUGAUACCGUGGAACUACCGGGGAUUGCUGUUCACAGUUUUGUUGGAGCAGGGGAGAGCCCUGCUAGAGGGUACUGUGGAGCAGGGCUCCAGCACCAAACCCAGUGAGCAACCCCAGGAGACCCAGCUGUCGCAGGCCUCUCCAAGAGGAGACAGCCAUAGAGCAGGGUCCUUAAGGACUCCUGGAGGGGUCCAUUCCCUUGCAGUGCUGCUGGUGGAGCUCCGGCCUGCUGCGGAUGGUCCUCGGGUUCUGGCGGCAGACGCCUUGUACCAGCUGGGCCGGGUGGAGGAGGCCUACAGGCUACUGUUGGCCAUUGGACCCACCAGCCCACGGGCCCCCAUCCUGGCACGCCUUGCCCUGCUGCAGCUACACAGGGGUUUCCUUUAUGACGCCAAUCAGCUGCUGAAAAAACUCAUCCAGUGUGGGGAAACCAGCUGCUUGCGCCCCUUGCUGGCAGUGGCGCAUCAGAAGGACAGCGUGCUGCUGCAGGCACACUGUCACUCCGCCUCAAAACGCAUCUUGGAUGGCACGAAGGAAGAUAACGUGUUGAGAGAGGCUGUAGCUUACCUCUCCAUCGCCAUUAUGGCCUCUGGUGGUGAGGCAGCAGACUCCUUGCUAGAGAGAGCUUGGUGUUAUGCUUUGCUGGGCCAACGAAAGACCGCCAUUUUUGAUUUCAGUGCCAUCCUAAAAGAGCACCCUAACCACAUACAGGCACUCUGUGGAAGAGGCUUCACUUAUCUCAUGCUGAACCAGCAAAAGGAGUGCACCCAAGAUAUGCUGGCGGCUCUUCAGAUAAGCACCGAUGCAGUCACCAAAGAAAUCUUAUCACUCAAGGACAAAGCAAGGAAACUGGUUUGUGAUUGGCUGCAGCAGUACUGCCGGACCAAUCUGUCAGAGAUCCUGGCUGCUAAGUCUGUCCGCUGUUGUGAGGAGCAACUGAGGGAAGCUUUUAUAAUUGGUGAAGCACUGAUGAGGACUGACUGCAGAGACCCCAGAUGGCAUCUCCUUUAUGUGGACACACUCUUGGCUAAAGGUGAGGCAAAGGCAGCAGGAGCUCACUUGAUCCAGGUGUUUGGCCAGGAGCCCAGGGAGGCGGUGGCACAAGCCAGGGUCGGGGUGGUGGAGGCCUGGCAGCAAAACUACAGUGGAGCAGCGCACAGACUCAGCACCCUCGCUGAAAAAGAUCCUCCCUGUCUGGACUUCCUGCUAAGUCUGAUCCCUCUGAGCCAUAGAAAACGGACGGCACAGGCAGCAGCUCAGAGAGCCAGCUUAGUGUCAUCGCGUGGCCACUGGGAUCAGGCCCUUGGACUCCUGACUGUGGCAGUACAAGCCAUGGGCAGUCACAGACUCCUGUAUCUCCGUCAGCGUGCUGCUUGCCUUGCCCAGCUGGGCUUCCAUGAGCGAUCCAUUGUUGACUUAGACCAAGUUAUUCGUAAGUAUGGGGGGCCAAACUCCAGCUGCUCAGAGGAUCCCCAGGUCCUGGCUGAGGACCUGUGUCGGCGAGGCCGCAGCCUGGUGCUUUGCUCCAGAGAGGGGCCAGCUCUGGAAGACUUUACCCGUGCUUUGGAGCUCCACAGAGGCAAGGCCAUCCAGUGUAUAGAGGCCAGUCCAGGGAGACUACGUCUAGCUGAGUGCUUCCUCCGGGGAGCCCUGCAGCAGUACGGGGAACAACAACUCAGUAAAGCCUGGAAACUGAUUGAGUGUGGCCUUACCAUGGACAGCGAGAACGCAGAGUUGCGCAGGUUGAGGGCAAAGGUCAAACGUGAAGUGGCCAGCCCCUGCAAUGUCAACUAG